GCUUUUUCCCUAAUAUAAGUGAGAAAAUCUUCGACAAACUACAAUUUCGAUCAGUGUCACCGAAAUCAUCAAAAUGGUCCAAGUUUCAACUAAAUUGGUUGUACUCUGUUUGACCGCUAGUCUAGCAUACGCAAAUCACGAUAUGGAAGAACUAGGCUUUGGAAGAUAUGGUGCUCUGCCAUCUACUUACGGUUCACAACUAGGGAUUGCGAAAUAUGGUGCUCUGCCAUCUACUUACGGUUCACAACUAGGGAUUGCGAAAUAUGGUGCAUUUGAUGGGGCAUCUCCUUAUGGGCUUGCGAAAUAUGGUGUUCCCUAUGGUCCUGGUCAAGGACUAGGAUUAAGUCCUGGGGGCUCCGGCUAUGGAUUAGGCGUAGCUAGACAACCAGUUUCCUCCAUAUUGCGUGCUGGAAUGAGGGGUUUAGGAGCUGGUGGUGGUGCUGCCGGUGCCGGUGCCGCUAUUUUAUAGAAUUUCAGCUGAAUAGAUAAACGUACUGGACCAUGCCUCUAGGAAUAGAAGAAAACCCAAUUAGUUGAAAUUAUGCAGAAUGAAUUCUUGAAUAAACAUCAUCCAUGAUC